GAGCAUGCAACACCUCUUCAGCGACAGCGGACCUGGUGAAAGAGACCAAGUACUUAGUCUGUGCCUCGCAGCUCCUCCUGCUGCUUUCUGUUUGCAUAAAUUGCUUGGCCCCAACACGCACCAAGCUCACGCAUCGGGGGACCCUGGUGCAUGCUGUAAUUACGUGUGCACGAGGCCACAGAACUGUUUGGGAAAACCAGCCCCGACUCAACGGCAAGGCGCUCCUGAACAUCCUCCUGCCUGCUGCUAUAACAUUCUCUGGAGCCAGUUCUACACGAGUCCUUCGCCUUCUGGCAUCUAUAUGCAUCGCAGUUCUAAAGAAGUCUCAGUUCUUCAGAGUUCAAAACUGCUUCAUGUUCCCCGCUGCUACAAAGAUUUGGGAAGCAGUCCCUUGUGACAGCUAUGAACAGCAGCCAGCUCCAUUUUGCAGGCGAUGGGCGUGCCGAAUCCCCCGGCUACUCUGC